UUUCAGUUCUCGUAGAGAACACAACCAGGAAACAUCCGUUUCGAGCAGAACACAAAGAGAGAGCAACGAGAUGGAGCCAUUAGUCACCAUUCCACAGAUUCUGGUCUUCAAUGCCCCGUACAAUCGCCUCCAGAGCCAGGAGAUGACGCUGAUCAACAACACGGAGCAGGUGCUGAUGUUCAAGCUGAAGACGAACAACGCCCAGCACUACAUCGUGAAGCCCACCGUCGGCCUGGUGGAGCCCUACAGCACCUCGAAGGUCCUCAUCAGCCUGUGCCGCUUCGACUUCCAGCCGCGGACUUGCUAUCAGCAUCGGUUCAUCGUCGAGUCCUUCUACAUCCCGGUCGAGGGCCUUCAACAGUGCGAUCGCGAGGCCCCCAAGGCCUUCUUCAAGCGGACUCCCCGCUCAGAUAUGGGCGUGGUCCGUAUACGCGUUCGCCUGGAGGCCACUCCAGCGUUGCCACAGAAAGAGCGACUAGCAGAUGUCCCAGCCCAAGCCGUGGCGGAGCCGCUCCUGGACAAGCAGCCUGCUCUGGAGGAGCCGCAGAAGGCAAAGCGCCUCCGCGGGCCACGUUCUUGGUUCUUGUGGACUCUUUUAAUUCUGGCUUUUGUCGUGGCAGUUCUUUUUAUAGGCAUCUUCCGCAACGAGGACACUUCCAAGGACUCGUCUCACAGCCCCGUCUUGGAUAAUGGGAAUCUCUCGAUUUAGGGGAAGCUCGGACUUGCUUCAGAUAUUUGGAUUUCAUUAAUUUGUUGCUUUUACAUGCUAAAUCAUUGUUUUAAAAUGUCAUAAAUUAAAGGGCAAAAGACAUCGAA